AAACAAUGCCCCAGAGCAGGAAGUAGCAGGAAGCGCUAACAACAUUGGACAUCGACCUCUCAUGUAGAUAAAACGCCUGUGUCUCCAUCGUCUACCUACAAAAAAUGCCACAGAAAGAUCCGUGUCAGAAGCAAGCAUGUGCCAUUCAAAAGUGUCUACAAGCUAACAAGUACGUGGAGACUUUGUGCGAAGAUGUGAUCCAGGAGAUGAGACGGUGCUGUGAAACUGCGACUGGACACUCCGUCUGCUGCUCCGGUUUCAAAGACCCCAAACAAACGGAGACCAAGAAAAACGCGUAGCUGACAUGGUGUGAGGUUUAUUUAAUGGAAAUAAUAAUGCAAAGCAACAUUGCAUUG